CAUUCAUUCCCCGAUGUUCAUCGACCGAGACAACUCGUCAGUCGUCACUUAUUUUCGCGUUCCGUGACAAAGGAAUCUGAGGAAAACAUGUAAAUCUUGACUUAAAACGGGAAUGGCUAAGAUAGAAUAAGUGUUAUAGUUACGAAAGGUAUUUUUCGAGUCGAUCCGAUUUAAAACGCGGGGUUCGCCGUCGAUGUACAAAGUCGUUUUAUCGAGUUUCUCAGUGUUUAUAUGUUUAGUAAACGGGAUAUCUUUCGGUGUUUGUUUUGCAAACAGAUAGUUAGUUACCCCGUCGUCGAUUAAAAAGUGAGGGAAGAAUCGGUUGUGCGCGUUAAUUGUCUGUCGGUUUGGACGCGGCAUGUGUGGUGUGCAGUGAGUGAGCAGUGAGGGAGGUCGGACGGUCGUGAUGGCAGGCUAUGUGCGCGGCGUGGUGCUGGCGGCGGCGCUGCUGGCGCUGGGCGCGGGCGGCGCGGCCGGAGCCGACUCUUGGCUGAGCAGCAUCAGCGUCAACUGGCGAUCCGAAAUGUCGGGCGUGCUGGAGAUGGCCGUGGUGAACUACUCGACGCCCGUCAUCAACACCACAUACACGGCCAGCGUGGAGUUCGACAUGCGCGCCAUGGGGCCCGUGUACAACGCCACGCCCCUCGCCAUCGACGCCAUCGCCAACAAACAGGCAUAUCCUGAAGGCAUGGUGGUGGUGUCGGACGGGCACCUGGAGCUGGGCAUGUCUCCGCGCGAGGACUGGCGGCCGCUGCUGACGCACUACGCGGGCCCCGUCGCCUUCAUCGUGGUGGCGGCGCUGCUCGUCUGCGCGCUGCCGCUGGCCGGGGUGUUCUGGUGCUGCUGCUACUGGUGCCGCGCGGGGCGGCGGCGGCGGCCCUUCGACCGCAAGUACGACGCCUGCCUCAAGGGGCUGCUCGCCAUAUUGCUCAUCGGAUUGCUCACGCUCUUCUUGUUCGGCGUGGUGUGCGCGUUCGCGACGGACAGCCAGGUGGAGAGCGGGCUGGCGGGGUCGGCGGGCGCCGUGCGCUCGGGGCUGGGCGACGCGCGCGCCUUCCUCAACGCCACGCAGGCGCACGCGCGCUGGCUGCUCGUCACCAACUACCGCGAGCUGGAGCGGCGCCUGCACGCGCUGCUCACCAGCGCCGGCCUCACCAUCUCCGUGCAGCUGGGCGAGUUCUCGCGCGCCGUGUCCGUCACCACGCUGUACGCCAUGGUGCGCCAGCUGGACGCCGUGCAGGCCGACCUGCGGGCCGUGCGCGCCUACACCGCCGACCUGCGCGCCGACGCCGAGAAGCUCAACGCCGUACUCCGCAGCGUGAAGGGCCAGCUGCUACAGACCCUGGCCCGCUGCGACCAGCCGCAGUGCAUACGGCUCCAGGAGAAGCACAAGAUCGGACAGCUCGACACAGAGAUACACUACAGCCAGUUGCCGGACGUGUCGGAGCUGCUGAACAACGUGACGGAGCUGCUGGAGAGCAACAUCAAGGCGGAGGUGGAGGAAGGGCAGAAGGUGUUCCGCGACAUCCAGCGAGAGAUACAGCGCUCCGUCGACGAGCACAUCCCCAGCGUGCAAGAGUCCAUUACCGCCACAGGUCACCGGCUGGAGCGCAUGGCGGACGAGAUCACGUACCUGGCGGGCAACGCGAGUGCGCAGCUGGAGCAGCAGGGCGCGGCCGCAGACACGCUGCAGCAGCUGCACGCGCAGUACGGGCCCUACCGCCGCUACGUGGGCCGCGCCGCCGCCGCCGCGCUGCUCACGAUAACGUGCAUAAUGGCGUGGGGGCUGAUGUGCGGCGUGUGCGGCAAGCGGCCCGACGUGUACGGCGCCGCCGACUGCUGCAACAAGGGCCACGGCUCCAAGUGCCUGCUCUGCGGCAUCGGGCUGAUGUUCGUGGUGGGCGGCGCCGUGGCGCUGGUGCUGCUGGCGUACUUCGUGGUGGGCGUGGCCGCGCAGCGCCUGCUCUGCGACCCGCUCACGGAGCCGCGCGGCAACCGCCUGUUCGCUGACGUGGAAAAAUUUGUGGAGCUGGAGAAGGCUCUGUUCAACGAGCGCGCCGACCCCGACUUCAACCUCACGUACGUCAUGCUGCACUGCCACCGCAACUUCACCAUUUACCAGGCGCUGCAGCUGCGGCGGCGCCACGACGUGCGCGCGCUGCGCGCGGAGGCGGCGCGCGCGCUGGCGGCGCGCGUGUGGGCGGUGCGCCCCCCGCGCCCCCCGCCGCGCCCGCUGGCCAUCCUGCGCGGCCCGGCGCGGGACAAGCUGCGGCGGCUGGCGCACUCCGGCCUCUCCGACUUCGACUUCGACAAGAUCCUGCACGCCCUGGAGACGAACAUGACGUCGCUGGCGCUGGACGGGCUGGCGGCGCAGCUGCAGCAGGCGGCGGGCGCGCUGGGCGCGCGGCCGGGCUUCGAGGCCGUGGCGGCGGCGCUGGCGGGCGCCGCGGCGCGCCUGCAGGCGGCGCAGGCGGGCGUGCUGGCCGCCAUGCAGGCGCGGGCGGCGCAGCUCAACGCCACGGCCGCGCGCCUGCGCGACGGGCUGCGCUUCAACCACUCCUCGCUCAAGGACGCCAUCACCUACCUGCUGCACGAGACCACGCAGGCCGAGACCUUCCUCAACACGCAGGGGCCCGACCUCAUCCAGAACAUGACGCAGGAGUUCGGUCACGCGGUGGCGGGCCUGAUGAACGAGUACAUGGAGCGCGUGGUGACGGCGGCCGAGCAGGACGUGGGCCGCUGCGGCCCGCUGUCGCACGCCUUCAACGCCACCAGGGACGCGCACUGCCGCAACAUACUCAUGCCCACGAACGGGUACUGGAUGUCGCUGUCGUGGUGCGUGCUGCUGUUCAUCCCGGUGAUGGUGGUGGCGCAGCGCCUGGCCCGGCUCUACCUGCACCUGGACCCGUACCCCGGGCCGCUCGUCGAGGCCGAGUAUUUGUAUGACGCGUACGCGGACCGCGAUAACGUACCCCUUGCCAACGGCUCCAAGCGCAGCACGCUGGACAUCGAGGGCAAGAUCGCCGAGUGGCGCGAGCGCUCGCAGCCCAGCGCGCCCCCCGCGGAGGGCCCCCCGGCCCCCGGCGGGGGGGAGGCGGCGGGCUCGCAGCUGCUGCUGGCGGGCCACGACGUGGUGUGCACGCUGCUGCCGCCGCCCGCGCUCAUCGACGACCUCAAGACGCGCCUCGACGCCAAGGACGAGGACAACGAGUCCGGCAUACACGACGCCGAGUGAGCCGCACGACGCACCUCGCUCCGCCGCGCCGCCAUGGCCGGACACCACUGCCGAUUCCUCUAAUAUUGACAAUCAUUUGUCGAACCAAAUAUUUUCUCUAGUCACUUCACAAAUCUCGAGACACGACUGAUAUCCCACUCCUCGAGUUUUUGUAAAAAAUAUGAUAACACCUGCAGGAAUCAAUAUAUGCUGUUGCUUUUGCAGUGAAUUGUCGACCCUUGGCGACGUCCAGCUGGGCGAAGAGAUAAAUUUGUGGAACAAUUUAUUUGGUUAAAUACUUUAAAAUCAAUGUUUUAGAAACUUAUUCAGGUUUUAGAAUAAGUAUAUUUCGAAAAAAAUGUACAGAUUGAACAGGGUUCAUUUGUCGAGGUCACAAUGAAUUUGGAAAGACCAAUUUAUCGUAGCCAAAAAUUUAUUGUUUGAAUUAUUGUCUUCCAAGUUAAACCACAGGGCUGGUGUUGUAUGACUACUCAGUCCUGCUCUGUCCAUAUCAAGUUAUCUCGUAAACAUUAAUAAUAAAUGUAUAUUGGUACACCCGUGUAGCCGCUGGCGUAUUGCUUGUAACACUUGCUUUCGCUUGGGAAGCACAAACGUCCAUAUUACCGCCUCUGCCUCGCCAUACAGUUGUUAUAUUCGAGUGGACUAGCACUUGGAAUCUACAAUGGAACAAACUGAUCAGUGAAAUAUUAUGAAUGAACUUAUUUAGAAAUAAUAUUUGCAUUUUAUCCAAAGCAUUUGUAGUUGUUAACACUUUUUGGGAACGAAUAUUGUAAACAUUUUUUAUAUUUUAGUCUUACUUUUUGAUAUCGAGUGAGGUUUUUUUUCUAAAUAAAGAUAACUUUCCAGUGGUAGUCCAUUCUUUCAAUUCAGUAUACUAUCGCAACGCUUGUACAACGUUUUGAUCUCGUCGUCAGAACUUUAGAAGAUAAAUACAAAGAUAUAUCCAUACUGUAGCGACAUAUACCGCAUUAUUAUACAUGAUGUAGUUGUAUACACGGUAGGUUCGGAGUUUACUAGUUUUGAUACGGAGUGUUUAGUAGACUUUGUACGGGUUUACACUUGUUGUCGGCAGUUGUAGGGGGAAGGAUGGACAGUGGAGGAUAGCGGGACAAUGGGCGCACAUUUCACACGAGCUAUAUCCACCAUUGCAAGUAGGUAGGUCCAUACUCUGUCUCCCUAAUGAGGGACUUCUUCUAGUUCUUCUUUCUAAAUUCAUGGCCAACAGACAUACACAUCUUUUAUCUUUGUUUUUGGGUACAAAUGAUAACCCUUGUUAUUACAACACAUCAUUAUUCUGAACAAAAUAAAGACAAGCAAUAUAGGUAGAAACAUCUGAUCCAAAUAUCAAGCAACAAUUAUUUUUAUAUUAAGCUUCUGCCAUUACAUUAUAUUUUUGAAUAAUUCAUGUACCCGAGCAAUGAGAAAAUAGGUAAUUAUCACGUUAAAUCCGUUUUGGGGACCGUACCAUGGAAAGUCUUUCAUUGGAUGCAAAGAGAAAGUUACAAACGUUGUUUAUGGUGAUGGAGAAAGCUCUUAUCUCAUCUCUUCGAAAAUAUUUGAAGUGAAAAAUAUCUAUAGACCUACAAGGAUAUUGGACAGCUGUAUCAAAUAGAAUGUAUGCAGAUGGUGCAUACCAGCGCCUUCCUGGCGACGUCAUCAAAGAGAUCCUUGUUGAUCUAUAUAAAUUAUGACUUUUCUCUAGGCAUAGAUUCAAUUUAUAGCUUAAUAUGAAGACAGACUUGCUUCAAAACCUUUUUGAGAGAAGAUAUUUAGAUUAUUGAGUUCUUGCAGACUGCAAGAUGCGCUUAAUGAGCGCAUUUUCCAGGUAUAAAUAAAACCCAGCAGUUUUAAAAACUAUUGCACUACAAGCUGAAGGUAUUGUACCAUAGCUGCAUGUGUAACGUCUUGAACAGCUUAUUAGCUGCUGCCUGCUGGUGAGUAAGAGCUCUGAAGUGUGCGCCGAGGGAAGUAGGAUAGGAUGAAAUAUUAAAUUUUUCAUAUCAACAUUUUUCCAAUACGUUUUUACAGAAAUAUUAUACAUGUACUUUGAUAAACAACUGUAUAUCUUAGGAAUAAUGUAUUUAAUAAUAUCCUUUUGUAUAUCGUAAGGGUUCAUGAAAUGAAGCACUGCAGUGAAUUGAGUAGGCCCAGUGUCGGGCGUAGGAUAAGAAAGUAACGUGUAAUCUCAUCUGUAUUUAUAUUCAUUGUGAAGCAUUUGGUUGUAAUAAGAUUAGUACGUACGAUACAAUAUUAUUUGAAUAUACGUGAAACAAACAUAGUUUAAGAAUAUUGUACAGCAGAGCGUAUAUGGAACUGGUAUUGGCUGUCCUUCGUACGUGGGUUGGAAUCUUUGAAGUCUUGAAAAGUGAUUGUGUGUUUGUUUUGCACUUAUAAGUCAGAAACUCAUCGGAUUUUGUUGUUACCAUUCAUUACUAUGCGAAAUUAUUGACUCAAAAAAUUGUAGUAUUCAUGUCCGCUCUGCUUGCAACUGUAUUAGUGUAAGUAGUAAUAUAAUAGUGCAGUGUUGUGAGUGAGUCCUGUGGCCCCACUCAGUCCAGCGGCUGCGACCACAUGCCAGCGGUAACAACUAUUAUUAUACAUAUCUUGUUUUGUUUCCGCUUCUGUGAGGGUCUUUAUUUUAGCCUUGAUUUACGUUUACGUGUCGUGAGGGACGUCAGGACGGUGACGUCACAUCACAGCAUGCCGUUCUUAUAUUUGGUUUACGUCUUAAUUUCGGUUGACGUUUUCUUUCUUGUAAAUAGUUUCCUCUGUUGCUCGCAGCCUACCCCCUGUUAACGAAUUGGUGUAGUGGUGUUGAACGAUUGCAACUAAUUAAUCAAAAUUUUGUGCUUGUAGAAUUAAUGCUUUUUUCCUCACGUCACUUUACCCGCUAUUAUCAUUAUGAAUUAUCUUGCCAAUGGUAGACUUUGCCGUAAUAUCUUUACCUAACAUUUGGUUUUCUAUUAUGCAUAAGUAUGAUAAAAUCAAUCUACAUUAACGUACAAAAGUUUCCGUCAAGGGAAGAGUAUACAAGUCGUUUAAUCGUCGUUUUAGACAAACUAGAUGUUACUUUUGACGGAUUGGCACGGUAGUUCUCAAUUUACAAACUUUUUGAAGCGUUUUCAUGUAAAGGCAUUUAAGUCGCGCCGCUGCAAGGUUAGGUAUAUCGAAACGCCAGCCGCGCUACGUGACAUAUUAGUGGCGUUCGGCUGGUGCAGCGUGGGCAGCGCGACUAAACGCUUAUUACACGAGAGCGCCGCCCGAGCCGGUGAUGCCACGAGCGUGU